AUGGCCUUCAACCCAAAUUUACCUGGCCAAGUGCCUUUUCGCGCCAGCAAAAUGCCCGGAUUCUUUUUCAGGAAAAGAGUUGAACGCAUUGAUUGGAAACGCCUAGCCUCGGUAGACGUUUGCCGCGUGGCUAGUCAGAUGGAUAUUGACGCUUUGCAAGAUAACCUUGUCAGUGUCGCCUUCUGUGACAUUAACUCAGAAAUAGAUACGCGUUAUGUGGAUACUAAUUUUAUCAAACUUUUUCAACUGGCUCAGCUUCUUAUAGAGUACCUUCUGUAUUCUCAAGAUUACCUCACGAACACUGUUGACAGCUUGAGGCUGGAGAAUGAAACAAUUAAGAAGGAAACUGAUGCCCUAAAGAAGCGCUUGGAGCAACAAGCACAACGUUUAACAAGUACACGAAAGGAGUGUCAUCGUCGUCGCCUGCUCCUUCUUGCCCAACAGCGCCUGAUGAACAGCGGGCCGCAGUCCUACCAUCGGUGUCCUCACUGCACCAAAGCCUUCAUCAACGCCUCUUUCCUCAAUGCACACCUCUUUCGCCGCCACUCUGAGGUAAUCUCGGCUCUGCAGGACAUUGACCUUAAUCAUGCCAGCCUCCUCCCGUUGGAUAGUGGAACUAGUUUCAUUGUUGAAAAGGGCACCAAUGGAAAACCACCUGUUCUGGCGCCCAACUUGGAGCAGCAAAUCCAGGAGGUGUUGGACCACCUCAAGUCGCAGAUUCCACCACCGCCACCACCACCACUACCACUGACCUCUGCAGUGGUGCAGACGAUUGAGGCAAAGGGUGCAGCGAGCCCCCGCGCAUCCGCGGCAGUGGAGGCCGCUUGGCGGCAACGUGCCGCCGAGCUGGAGCGCCAGCUUGAAGAGGAGCGUGAUCAUCUGCGCCAACUGGAGGAGCGCAACCGUGCCUGGCAGGAAUCUGUUGCCUCGCAGUAUAGGACUGAUGUUGAAAGGGUUAAAGAGAUGUUUGAAGUGGAGCUACGAAAUCUGAGAGAGGAAAAUUUGGAAACGCAAAGGGAAUUAAUCCAACUGCGAAUCAAAAAAGCUAAUGUUUCCAACUUCGAAGACGUAGAGGCCGACAUUCCAGAGCAGGAGGUAAGAUCUCCAAUGCCCAAAAUGGUUACUGUAUCACCACCGAAACAUUCUUCUGAGAAGGUCCGCUCACUACCAUCCUCAUCCGAUUCGCCGAUGACUAAAGUGGUGAGAAACACAAACAACGCAGCCCACUCAGUGAGGAGUAGCUGCUCCAUGAUCUCCCGGGGUGUCAGUUGCAGUGAUAAAAUCGGUAGUCUGGACCACAUGCUCCACGCGAUCUCUAACGUACCCAAAAAGCGAUCCAGACACCAGCAGACAAGUGAUAGGGAGUCCCUCAGCCUCGCAAACGCCUCUAUUCAGGUGGCGCCAAAUGAAGUCACCUCAAGACUGGUCACUCGCACUCUCACCAGCCCACAGAAGCAGCAGGCCUUGCUCACAAACAGAGGUGUGGUAGUGGAGAGUCUGAUUGUCAGAACCGAGGAUGAGGAAGACGGUGAAUCGGAUAGAACCCGGAGCAUUCAUCUAAUCCCAUUUGCGGUCUCUACACCGAGCUUCCUGCGCACGGUUUUAAAUGAGGCACCACCUAAAAGGGAGGGGUAUCGUCCUUACAAUGAGGCUGAACUUGGAAACAACAAGAUCGUGCAAUUAGCUGAUGAUAGUAGUAACAAGUCCGAAUACGCAAAAGAGCGUGUGAGCAAAUCCCGUCCAACCACGCAGCCUAAUGCCGAAAAAUCGCACAACCCUCUGCAGGCAAACGGUAACUUGGAAGCUCGAUUAAAAUAUGUACCGUUAGGUUCGGAGCUCAGGGUAGAUCCACUGGAGGGUAUUUCACAUUACAAAGACCAAUUGGAGGAGUUUCGUUCUGAUCCAGAUGCAAUGAAGCGCCUGCGCAAAGAAGUGGAAUCCCUCCUGGUCGAACAGUUGAUCGACCAUGAUGUGGACGGUGAUGCCGUCGGACUGACGAGAGGCAAGUUUACUGAAACGCUAGACACCCUCGGUCAGGAGAGACAGCAUUUAACAAGAAAACACCCAAAUUUCGCGGAAAUUCGUGCCUCGAUAGCACGAAAAGUGGAUCGAAUGGCGCUGAUAGCCCUUCAUUCUAAGCGCGGACGUCACGAUUCUGCCCUUAGAGGAGGAAGCAACGGUUUCGGUGGAGGCGACGGAGAUGUAGACGGAGAAGGAUUGCAAAAGAAGCCUCGAGCCUCGCGCAUAGCAGAUCGCGAUGCGCUAAGCCGACCACCGAGCGGGCGACCGGCUUCCCUCACUUCGCUCACCCACACCCUCUCACCGAUCGUGGAGUAUCGACGCUUCGCCACCGCCAGUCCUGCUCUGCGGAAGACCAACCCAACGCAGUCCAAGCAGUCACUCUUCGAGAACACCGAGGACGAGGGAGACGAUGGUGAUGGGAGGGUGGUAAAGGUGGAAGGGCGAACCGCAGUUUACAGACCCCCAGUUGUGGGUCUCACAGCCUGUGUAGACGUGGCCACCUCUAAUGUGAACACUCCCACCACCAGCACCACUCCACUGCCACCGAAGAUGGUAGUCUCGAAUGACUCCACCAAACUCGCAUCUAAAACCGUUCGUAUUCAGGAGGUUGAUCUGAGAUCCAAGUCUGAAGAUAGUGAUGAGACGACCGCAAAAAAGUUCCACCAAUCGAUGAACGAGGAGGUGGAUGACCGAUUCCAAAGUAAAAAUCAAUCACCCGGUCAUUCUGUCAAAUUUUCUGACGAAAACGAGCCUAGAAAAAAUAACAAUCCAGAUGAAGAUGACGAUGAUGAUGGCCCUGUGAGUGUUUUCUCGAUUCUCUCCGAAGAGCAGGGUGACAUUGGCCUCAGCCCAAUGCGUCCCGAAACGCGGAGGGGUGAACGCGCUGAUCCAGUGGCUAGCAGCGUCACCACCCUCUCCCCUCUUCGGCCCGGUGCCAGCUACACCAUCAGCACCAGCCAAUGGGACACCAGUUCUCAAGGUAUGACCUCUAGUUGA